GAGAAAGGUUGACACAAUCAAGUCCGAUUCACUUCUUGCAGUAUUUCUGAUAAGGAGAACUGCGGGUAGUGUAUAGAGGCAUACUAGGUUUUCACUCUCGCGUCACUACCCUGAGGAGGUCGAGCUGGAAUUUUGGCUCCCACUGAUCAUAGCAAAGGCCAGACUUCAAUAUCAAUCAUGUCGGCUACCGUCACUGAUACCAAAGCUCCAGCUGCCAAUGGAGUUCAGGAUCCUCAGCAGUAUGACUACAGCCGUCUCAAGCCCUACGUGCACCCGCCGGUGACCAAAGCAGACCUCCCCUGGGCUGAGCUCGUCACGCUCGACCUCGAGGACCUGAGCCGGCCGGGCGGCAAAGAGCGUCUGGCGAAGCAGCUGGAACAUGCCGUCCACCACGUCGGUUUCUUCUAUGUGAAGAACUUUGGCCUGUCCCAGGAAGAAGUCGACCGACAAUUCACGCUCGCACAGAACUUCUUCGAGCUGCCCGUCGCGGAGAAGGAGAAAUACGAGGUGCGCUACGCAGAGGCCGACUACAACGGCUGGAGGCGGCCCGGGCGCUCGCUGCAGGCCAAUUCCCGGGACAACGUCGAGAUGCUCAACUUCCCCAAGUUCACCGGAGACUUUGUCGGCAAGUACGACUACCCCGACCUGAUCAAGGCCCACCUGGGCGAGAUCGAGACGUUUCAGCGCGCCCUCCACGCCAACGUGGUGCUCCCGCUUCUGCGGCUCUUUGCCGUCGUCCUGCAGCUGCCGGACGAGGACUACUUGGUUAACCAGCACACCUACGACAAGAAGAGCGAGGACCAUUUCCGGUACAUGCUCUACCACCCGCGCACCGAAGAGCAAUGGGCCGCCAGCGACUACGGGAGGCGCGGCGGGCACACCGACCUGGGCACCGUGACACUCCUGUUCCGCCAGCCGGUGGCCGGCCUGCAAAUCCUCGGCGAAGACGGCAACUGGACGUACGUGUCGGCUCAGCCCGGCACCAUCACCGUGAACCUCGCGGACACCAUCUCGCAUCUGACCGGCGGCUGGCUCAAGAGCUCGGUCCACCGGGUCGUCGCCCCUCCGGAGGAUCAACGCCAGUACAAACGCACCGGGUUGCUGUACUUUGCCCGCCCGCACAACGACACAGUGCUUGUCCCCAUCACCGACUCGCCGGUCUUGGAAAAGGCCGGUGUCCAGCCCAGGUUCGACAAGCUGGUCACAAUGGAGCAGUGGGUCAAGGCAAAGCAGACUCUGCAGUUGAAUCCAGACGUCGCGGCCAAGAGGUGGGCGGAACGGGGAGAUGGGACAGUUGAGGUUCUCGCUGGAUUCCGAGACCAAAAGUACAAGUCAUAGACUCGUAGGUGGCGGUAUGCCGUACUAUUUCAUUCUCCAUGACACGAACUAUACAAUCGAGAACAAGACAAGAAACUUGGACUGGUCUUUGCAACAUCAUUGGCGACUACAGUAACUCAUAAACUAUAAACUCUAUGCACAACUCUAUCCCCACUCAGAUAACGCGUCAAAG